AGAAAGAGGACAACUACAAGACUUAUCUCUGUCACGCAGCUUCUGGCCCAGCCGCACGUCUGCUGGUUUAUCUGCUCUGACACACACCCUCUCACUGGGAAGUGUCACUCUGUCCCCCCCUCCACCUCCGACUCCUCGUUCCUGCUGACUCCUCGCUCACCCCUUUCCUCUCUGUCUCCUCGCCUCUCCCCCCUGGAUGCCAAUAAAGCUUCCAGUCAUGGAGCAGACGACAGUCACACAUCAGUAAGUGUAUUUUUCUUUCUGUCACCACUGAGCAUAAUGCAGUUACAGCAAACAGCUCACUUAUCUUUUUGUUGCUUGUUGGACUGCUGUGCUUCCUCUUAAUCUUUUCCUGCUUUUUAGUGUCUCUGUGAUUAAUGACAAUUAAACAGGAUCAUUACUUAAACGUAUUGUUGCCACAGCUCCUUCCUAUUAAAAUGUAAUUUCAUUUAUAUUUUGCUUUCCCUGCAAUUUGCUGUGCAUAAGUAUUGCUGAGGGCCUUACAUAGCUGAAUGGAAGGAGAAAUGCUGUAUCAUAAUGUUGCUUUAAUAUUUAUAAGACAACAGUGUGAUUUUUGAUCUGUGAGCAGCUUUGUACAAAUCAUGCAGCCAUAGGAAAAGGAAUUUAGCUGAACAAAAAGGAUAUAAAUUGAAUUUCUGUUUACAGAGAAGGAAAAAAAGGAGACUAAUUUGCCUGAUUUCUGUUUUCUUGUAACUCAGCCAUCAGUAAAAAUAAAUAAAUAAAUAAUCAAAAGAAAAUUAAUCAAAAAUCCAAUUUCAGACCAGAACUGUCACACUCAAGACCCUCAUCGUCGGCGUUUCAAGAAGAGGAAGCAGCAAGCCCCACCACAGGAAGCAAACUUAACUUGAGAUCGAACAAUUUCCCUGCAGUGACAGACCCUGUGCUCACACAGCCCGGCCUCGGUGUCACAACAACGACCAUCACGACCAUCACGCAGACGGGAGGUGGCUGGAGCACCGGCCUGUUUGACGUCUGUGGAGACAAGACAACAUGUACUUUAAAAAACACAGCCUUUUCUGUUGUCAGAGGGAGAUAACCACAUCCCUCACACACACCUUUUGCUUUGCUGUGCGUGUUCUUGCAGGUCUUCUCGGGGCGCUGGUGCCAUGUUGUUUGGACUUGAGUUUAGCUCAUCAAUAUGGCGAGUGUCUGUGCAUGCCUCUGCUACCAGGAUCCACUUUUGCUCUACGAGUUGGGAUCAGGGAGCGGUACAAGAUAAGAGUAAGUGCACGACAAAAGAUAUUUGUUAAACGGAUAUUCCGGCGUAAAAUUAAUUUAGGGUCAAACACACCGUAACACUGAGUUAGACACCCCCCCUCGAGAGAUGAAUGUUGCCGCAAUAUACUCUAUAACCACAAUUAAUGCUCAGAACAGCACCUAACUUCAUCAACAGUGCAAAUAGGGUCCCAGCAAUAGUACUAGCCAUCAAACAUCUCUUUAGUUUUGCUUGGUUUCUUAUGCAGAGACUAAACACAACUCACCCACUCUCCUCCAGCAGCCGCUUGUUUGUAGUGAGACCUCGGGCCAGUCUAUUACGGACUACAGCGGGGUUAUGCAGCUCAAGGAAGAACAUUUAUGAUCAUUUCUUCAUGGAAAUGCAAUCAGACUGAGACACUAAGGCAGAAGAACUACCGUGUCUGCUGUGCAAAAUGAUUAAGAUGGUGAUUAUUACUUCAAAGAAAUGAUAAAGAAAUGAUCAUAAAUAUUCCUGCUUGAGCUGCGAAACUCCACUGCAGUCAAUGGACUCGCCUGGAGGUCUCCAUACAAACAAGCAGCUGCUGGAAGAGAGCUGGUGAGUUGUGUUAAGUCUCUUUCCUCAAGAAAUUAGGCAAAGCUAAAAAGAUCUUUGAUGGCUAGUACGAUGGCUGGGACCCUAUAUGUACUGUUGAUGAAGUUAGGUGCUGUUCUGAACAUUAUUUGUGGCUAUAGAGUGGCGUUUUGGUUGAGGUUUGUUUAUGGCUCCUCAGACUUCUGUGUAUUGCUAUCGUGCAGUUGUUACUAAAGUUGGUAUAACUAGAGAAGCAAGCAGUUGGCAACAUUCGUCUCUCGGGGGGGUGUCUAACUCGGUGUUAUGAUGUGUUUGACCCUAAAUUAAUUUUACGCCGGAAUAUCCCUUUGGGAGCUAAUUACGUUUUUUCUGCUCUUAGCUAAAAUAUACAACAGACCCAUAAUUUGCAUUGUCGUGUCCACAUGUUCGCUUCUGCUGUUUGCAUGUCUGUGUGUGGCUGUUUACGUGCAACUCUACAGGGCAGUGUGUGUGAGGACUGGACCACAGUGUAUUGCUGCUAUCCUCUGGCUGUGUGUCAGAUGAUUAGAGAGAUGAAGUGCAGGAUGAAGACGCAGACAUAUCAUGUGUCCACCGCCCUCGAAUGCUCCUGAAGAGACACUUGACAGUAAAUGAGGACCUGUCCUCGCACAAUGAAACAGAGACUGGUGAAGGCCAGCUGAGAUUACUGCUAUGAAUUGCUCCAAGAAUCAAUACUUAAAAGGUUUGAACUCGGUUCUGAAUUCCCCUGAGGAGACCUUUGCAAAUAAAUCAUGCCUUCACUGCAAUGUUCGUAGAGGACUGCAAAGGACAAACUUUGAUUGAUAGUAGAUUGCAUAGUGAGGUGUUUAUAUACACCGCUGAUGGACCUUGGUUUAGGUGGAGUUUUAUGAAUAAAACCAUGAAAUACUCUUAUUUUUAUGUUGAUACGAGAGCUCUGCAGCUACAUUUUGAGCUGAGGGAAAAUGCAUUGUUAUGUGGUUCAAGUUGAUUUUUCUAUCAGCAAGUAUCACUUACCAUCUGGUACAACUCUUAGUCAGACACCAAACUACUUUAAAAACAUCUGUUUUCAGUGUGACAUUUUUUGUCAAGAGUACGGUUCAUUUAUCUUUGAGAAAUGAGAUUUUACAAGAUUUUUUCGCUGAAGAUGCAACUCUACCGCCUGAAAAUGAUGCUCUGUGUGAUCUUUGUGAACACUUCAAGCCACUAUUUUCUUCAUAUAAACCAUAGACUGUAUAUAGAAUGAGUGAAGCAACCAUGAGAACAGCACCCUCUGGUGACGGGCUGCAGUAUAGGUCAUAAAUCCCGCCUCCUCCAGCAAUCCCUAUGGAGCUGUGGACAAACUUUAGGAAUUAAUUACACAGAAUUAUGAAUUUUUUUCCCCCCUGGUUGUGAUGUUGACAUGUAGUUAUUGUAAGACUGGUUUGUGCUCAAGUACUCUUUUUUCUGUACAGCUCCAUUUUUAAAAGUUAUUAGGGGGUUCAUGUUUUCUAUGAUUAACACUUGAGACAGCUUAUGGGCAUAUGAAGAUUGCGUAGCUCACCCGGGUGAUACACUAUUUGAGCCGUGCGUCAUCACAGCAACUCUCCCACCAAAUGGGUACAACGUCACUUCAAAUCCGUAUAAUGACAGAAGGUGGAGCCAAGUUGUCCGUACUUUAUACAGUCUAUGAUUAAAACUUGUAAAAAAAAUGUUUAUAAAAGCGUCAGAAAAGUGAUUUGGUUAAACCACAUUUGUAAUUUUCUCUUGCAUAAAAGGUCACCAGAAACAUAAUCAUAUUUGGUCCCUUUCAAAGAUAACACAAAUCUGUCUAGACCUUGAGGCUCAGACUGUGCACAAUGAGGACAUAACUCAAUAUCACACAAAUCAAUCUAAUAAACUUCUUCUCUCUUUUGCAUUUAAAUCUGAACUUUAGUAGAGUCAGAGAAAAGCAGCAAAAAAAAGGCUUAAUUUAGGAAGUAUUUACUUUCAUAAGCAAGCAUCAAUGCCCCUGAGAGAUGUUUCAUUUAUCUCAGAGUGUGGGAUAAAACAAGUCUGCAAGUCUUUUCAAAACGCAGAACAACUUGUCUGAUUUCUCGGGGAAAAAAAAACGACCACUGUGUAGCUUCAACAGUCAACAGUUCAAGUACAGUUCUGAGGAUAAUAAAGCUUAUUUCCAUAUUUCUGA